AGCAGCACACACGGGGCAAACGGUGUUGACCGUCCGUUGGUUUUCCCGGCGGGGACCGUGGAGCGGGACCUCAGAGACAUAACGGCGCUGUGCAGUGUUACUGUGUUGUUAGGAAACGGAAACACUGGUGUCGGGGGCGGCGAGGAGGCAGACUCUGAAAAGGGAGAGCGCAUUCCAGAGGCACCGCUAGCAUAACUAAUUCAUUGUCGCUCCAAACCGGUGGACAGACGGCUGAACUCCUGAUUAAUUAGGCCGAAAAGACUCAGACGAGGAGUGACAGGAGGCGACAUGGUGGAUUACUACAAUAUCCUGGGAGUGUCCAGAACGGCCUCUCAGGACGACAUCAAGAAGGCGUACAGGAAACUGGCUCUGAAAUGGCAUCCCGACAAAAAUCCAGACAACAAAGAGGAAGCAGAGACAAAGUUCAAAGAACUGGCUGAGGCCUAUGAAGUCUUGUCUGACAAGAGUAAACGUGAUGCAUAUGACAGAUAUGGAAACGACAGAAUGCGAAACACAGGUUCCUCCAGCCCAGACCUUUCAUCAGAUUUCCCAGGAUUCACUUUCACAUUCCGCAGCCCAGAUGAGGUGUUCAGAGAAUUUUUUGGUGGCCAGGAUCCCUUCGCUAGUUUCUUUGAUGACUUCUCAUCAUUUGGAGGCUCAUCUUCUCGCCUUGGCCCCAGUCGGUUUUUCUCUUUCCCUUCAACCAAAGUUGAAUUUACCUCCUUCUCCUCUUCCUUGGGUGGCCUGGAUGGGAUGGACAGCAUGGGUGGAGGGAUGGGCAACUUCAAAUCAGUUUCUACCUCCACUCGCAUCAUAAAUGGCAAACGCACCACCACCAAGAAGAUAAGGGAGAACGGGCAGGAAAGAGUAGAAAUUGAGGAGGAUGGGGUGUUAAAGAGUGUCCUGAUCAAUGGUGUGGAAGAUGAAAUGGCCCUUGCUUUAGAGCUAAGCCGACGAGAGGGACAGUCCCAUCAGAAGCCACGAAUCCAAAAUAGAUCACCUGCUGAGUCCGACAGAUCCCACCCCAGCCCUUACUCUGCAGCCACUCAUCGGUCAUUUAGCUCCGCCCCUUACUACAAUUAUGGAGGGACUGUGGGAGGCAGCGAAGAUGAUGAAGAAGACGAAGACCUGCAGAUGGCUUUGGCAUGCAGCCUGUCAGAAAUGGAAGCGCAGCAGAGAGCAGCUGCUUCUGGCUUCAUAUCAGGUGCUGGGGUUGGGGGCAGAGGCUUUAAUGUCAAAACUGGUGGCCAUAGAGGAGUCGGGGUGAAGACAAAAUAUGUAAAUGUGGGUGGUAAUGUAAAGGUUGUGGUAGAAGAGAAAGGUGAAGAUGGGCAGUUGAGUAUGGGCUCAGGGCUUGGAGAUAGGUGGGAAAAAGGGGGAAAGAGAACCAGGGAACCAAGCUUCUCUCCUGAGUCACCCUCAACCACCAACACUACGCCGCUAAGCAGGUGCAGUGAAGAACCUGCCGUAAAAAUUAGUGAUGGCAGUGUGAAAAAGAAAAAGAAGUGCGGGUGUAUUGUGUGCUAAAGCAGUGUGUGUGUAUUUUUGGGAUAGUAAACCAGGCUCAAAUGUAACGUGAUUGCCAGACUCUUAAUUUGAGGCAGUGGCCCAAGUGAUCACGAGGCUGUCAUGUAGUAUUAACACCUCUAAAAGAGACAGUGAGUCAGCUUUGAUCGGGUUUAUGGUUUCCUGCUGGUUUUCUUUGUUGAUAGCCAGCCCAGACACUUUCACUUUAACCUGCCGAUACAAAAGCAAAAGUUAAACAGUUUUGUUUUAUGCAUGUGAAGCAAUACAGAGAAUUGUUUCCGAAAGUAUGUAAAUUUGCCAAAUAUUUACAAAUUGCUGACUGACAGGGACAGGGGUUUAGAGGUGGCCGAGUUGGUAGUGAUUUAGUGUUUUGUGCUCUCAAAUGUUUUUAUGUACGAGUGUGCGUUUGUUUGUGGUGAGUGUGCGCGUGCACGUUUUUCUGUGCGCGUCUCUCUGUGUUUGGGUCAGUUGAGACCCCGCCAUAGAAUUUUCUCAUUCAGACUCUUUGGCAAAGGGAAUGUAUCAGAACUGUGGGACUCUCAGCCCAGUCUGAAACAAUAGAUUAAAAUCAAAAGUAGGCCGCAGAACUUUCUCCGGUGUUGCAGAUACAAAUUCUUUGUAAAUACACUACAUGCGAUCAGAACAGGUGGCCCAGCUUUUGUAUUUUUAUUAAAUUUGAGCACAUCAUGUCUUGGCCUUAAAGCACUUUUACUGAAAUACCAUCACAAUUUUUGGUCAGAUUGUAGAUUGUAGUUUAUGAAGGCAAAGCACGACGUAGUAUGUUUACAGCAUUGUGACUGAUUGUAGAACAGUUACACGUAAUCACACUAAUAAUAUUUUAUAUUUGAUCCUUUUGGUGCCUUUGCACAUUUGAACCACUUUAAAAGUUUACCAUUCUUACAUUAUCUCCUCAAAUGUUUGUUCACAAAAACAAAUGUAUUUUAAGCAAAGCACAUCUAUUUCAGUCAGCCAGCUGCACGGGGUAUUUGUGGCUUUAGGUUAGCUUAAGGAUCGCCAGCUUUUUAAUAUUUCCUCCAAUAGAGGAACAUGGCAAAACUCUGCACUAGUGAAUGGGAGUGUUCUCGGGUGUUUUGAGGAAGAAUUGUAAGUGAUCAAAUUUAACUUCUGUGGUUGUGUAAAAGUACUCUGGUUUCCUCGAGUGCACCUGAGAAAAACACUAAAGCCCUAUCUGCUCCAGCUGAGCUGUGUUGUGUGCAAAAUUACCUUGAUUGUCAUCCUCCAGGGCAACUCCAGAACUUUGCCUCCACCUACACUUAUUCCCUUCACACUUUUGCCUGAGAAAACAAAAACAUUAAUGGUUAAAUAAAUAUUUAAAUCUGCCAAAUGAAGGACAUAUCUUAACAAACUGAAAUGGCAGAUAGCAUAUGGGAAUAAACAGACCGUGUAUUGUAUGGUAUAUUUCUACAAUUUACAGACUUUCCGUUACAGGCAUAUCAGCUGCAGCUACUGCUGAGCUGGUUUAGUGUCUCACUGAAACAGUUGCUUGUUUCCUUCUUUUCACUGGAAAUCGAAGCACUACAGUAGGUGGAAGGGUGCAUUUUUCUGUGUGGAGUCGUAGAAAUGUAAACAAAAAACAAACCAUAGAGCUGCAGACCCGCUGGAAAACUAUUCAGCUUGUCUGCCCAAGGUGUAGGUGUGUGUGUGUGUGUGUGAGUGAGAGAGAGAGAGUGUGUGUGUGUUUGUGCAUGUGCGAGGGGGAAGAGAGAGUUGUUGAAUGUUAAGUUAGAGUUACCAUAGUGCUGCUGGAUGAAACCUAAAUGUGCCUGACUGUAAACCUCUAAUGAAGAGAAAACAAAAUGGCAAUUCAGUCUGAUUACCAGGCUGACCUACUAAUAGCGCGCACGCACACACACUCACAGAGUGAGAGACCCAUGCACACAUUCACAUUUCACAGUGGAACACUAAUUACCGUUUCGAAUGUCGUUGUUGUACCUGUGAAAUUAGGCUGGAAGUAACAUAAAGUCCUGUUGGUGCCAAAACACAAAGGUGUUAAAAAUAAAUACUACCAGUAAUAUGUUAACUUAAUUUUUUUCUUACUACUGUUCAAAGACAUACCUGUCUUAGUAAGUAUCUUACAGCAGGCAGUGUCCCUUUACUUGUCCUGCUUUUACAUUGCUCAUAGAGCACAGUAGGUUUGUUAUUUGGUUGUCACAUAUUUUCCACGAGUCCUUGACUUAUUUUAUUUUGCAUGGGUUUUUGCUUUUAGCCGCCGUCACUGGCAAAAAUUAACUAUACCUGUAAGAAUAUAUCAUCACUUUCAACAAAGUCAUUGUUGAUUCUGAGUUGUUAAUCAUAUAUCCUCUCCAAAAUGUUAUUAGGUGUGGAGAGGGGACGAGAGAGGAAGAGGCAGAUGGUUUCUCAGCCUGUGUUAUUUGUACUACGUUGAACUGCCAAGUGUUAUUGUUGUUUUUAUUUUCAGAUUGUUAAAAGGGAAAGAACAAAUAAAGAUUAAACCAAAA